AUAUCUGUUUCUGUUAUUGUUUCAAGGACUUCUAUUUCAAAUUAGUUCAUAAAUUAAAGGUGCAAGUGUAAGCUGACAUUUUCAAUUAAUUAUUUAGCUUUUUUAUUUAUCGUUUUUUUGUUGUUCCUAUGAGUGUCCAAUUACUUGACAUGAACGGAGUUAUUCCUCGGGCAAUGUCAUAAGGAAGUCGUAGAAACAGGAAAGGGGCUAUACAACCUUACAUCUUUCCCGGAAAUAGUUUCAUAACACAGCCCUGGGAUACACUUAUCCUUGGAAAUCGAUCCGAUAAGCACACAGACUUUGGAUCAAUUCCGGAUAAACUAUCGUCAAAAUUCCAGUUAUAUUAUUGUCAUGGUAGGAUACAAUUUUGGAUAUACUUUUGUGUUCCAGGGAUAUGAUUCCGAAUAAACUAUUGUCAUAAUUCCUGAUAUACUUUUACAUCUGUGGACACAAUUAAGGAUAUACCAGCAUCCACCAAGGACACGAUUUCCGAUAUAAUCUCGUCAUCCAAGGAUAAAUCAUUGUCAUCCACGGACAUCAUUCCGGAUAAACUAUCAUUAUCCUAGGACGUAAUUCCGGAUAAACUAUCGUCAUAAUUCUUGAUAUACUACCAUCGGUAGAGAAAUUUCCGGAUAAUCUUUCGUCAUCCAAGGAAAUACUUUCGGAUAAACUAUCAUCAUCCACAGGAACAAUUCCGGAUACACUAUCGUCAUCCAGGAACACCAGGUUGACCAAAUGACGUCAUGACCAUGGAGGAUGAGGCGGUGAUUAUCACCCCCUGGUCAGAAUACCUCAUCACCGCCAAACACAUAAAUGACUGCUCCCUCCAGCCUCAUUCACUUCCGCCGUACAUCGCCUGGGACGCCAUUCUUCACCUGGCACCGGAAACAGAUGAUUUACGUCACAUCAUCACCUCUAACAAACACGGCCACAUUUUACGAGUGGAUACUGAACGUGAUGUUGAGGAGCUUUCCAAUCUUCUACUAAACCGCCCACUGCUCAUGCGCGUAACCUUGGUACACACAAUGGUCGCGAGCAAAUACAGCGCCGACACCGUCUCGAUAUGGGAAGGUGAUUACGCCGUGAUCCUAAACACUCGUCACCAGACCAUCAGAGCACAGCUGCGGAAGGCGCUGAAUGACGCAAUCACUUAUGUCACCACCAGAUGGCGCUUCUGUAUAGAGAUUGACCUUUCUGACAUCAUCGAGGGCUGGUACCUACAGACGAUAGAUGUCUACUCCGGAUGUGACGACUUCCAGACGACGAAAUGUCGGCGCAGCCGGAUAUACGUCACAAACCACAUGACGUAUAAUCAUUGCUUUGACUGUUCUCCCAAGUGGUGGCUGUGCUUCAGCCCAUGUUGGCUAAUGACGGCGCCUUGCUAUAUAGGUUAUCGCCGCCUGACAUGCAAGGAUAUCCGGUUAAAACUCAAUGCUAAGGUGUCCCCUGUCAGGUGCCUCAGACGAACUAGCAGUACUUCCGACGAAACAAAAUCAAAAGCAUCUACCAUCGUCAAUUACAAAAUGGAGGAUGACAUUGCAACUACUUCCUCCUUGAAAGGUCAUUUCCGGCCUGAUGAACUGACAUCUUACGGAGCGGUAUGAUACAACUUUAAGACGGAAAUUGAAACCUUUUUCUGGAACAUAUUUACAUGAGAAAUUAAUGCAUUAUAUAUAACCCACUUUCGUCCAAAUGUUGUUUGCAAUAUUUGUAAAAUCGGUCUUAUCAAAGGAGAAGACGUAUUGAAUGAUGUGCGAUGUUAAUUAGGACCGUUUAUUCAAUUAUGUAUUAUAUAUACAACUAUUGAUUUGAAGCAUCGUUUCUUAUUUGUACAGUAUUUUUGAAGCGUAAAUUUGUUAUAUGUGCAAAAACAUGAAACCAUGCCGAAAACAAGCCUAAAUAAAAUAGAAAAUUGGUGGCACUUUUAAUAGUUCAUUGCUUCGAAGCAGUUGGAUCUGCUUAAUAAAGCAAAGAGAAGGAAAAGGGGAAAACAGUCAGCCUUGAAAAAGGUAUUCCCAUCUUACCUUCGUGUUAAUAACAGGAUUUCCUCUUUUUGUUUCCUCUUUUUAAGACUAUUACAACAUUCUCACAAGGAAAUUAAAUAGUUUACAAGGUAUUUUGUUCAAAUUAACAGCCAAUAAAAAUGGAAAACUUCCAGUCUACUCAGCUGUAAAUGAGU